ACAAUUUUUUAAUAAUUAGGGGAACGACCGAGCGGUUCUGUUUAAUCUUCAAUCAACGGUCGACUGUGUUCGACGUACCAUGAAGUCUAUUCUGUGGACAGCGUUCUUUGUAUACCUUGUGCAGAGGGAGAGUCUGAGUUAUGAAAUCGAAAUUACUGUGAUAAAUUCUGAGGAUCCGACGUAUGUGGUUACUUAUGAGGAAACAGAUAAACCAUCAGCAGUUACGCUCACUAAAGAUCGGUACGACUCGUGGUUUUCGGCUAAAAUUCAUCAAUGGGCUGGGAUGGGUAGGACAAUCAAAGGAAGGACCUGUUUCAUAAAUGAUAAAACUGAUUCGGGAUUCAUAGCCAAGAUAAUGCAACUUGCCAUGAAUGAUGAUGCCUCAGAUAAUAAUGCUCGCAAUUGUACCUUUGCCGCUGGUGAGAGAAAGAUUAAUAGAAAAUUUUCUAUUGAUAGUGAUGCACUUAGUGAUCAUUUACCCAAGGGGUUUGAGAAGGUGGCUGUUGGCAUAGAUAUCUACGAUCUAGAUGCUGGUAAUAACUGGAUAAUAACAAUAUUUUGGGCUAUUAGAAUAUACGAGUCACGUGAUAAUUGAAAUAUAAAUGUAAACUAAAUAAUUUCAUGAAUAAAUUUAAUCAGCAAUAAUGUU